AUUGUUUAUCGGUGUGAUCAUUGUGUCAAUAUGCAGGCAAAAACAUAAUAUAAGUAGAGGUGGGUCCAUGGAUGUGGGUGAGAGUCGGUAAACUUUUAACAAAUAAAUGUUGAUAGGUCGUAUAAUGCGUACGACAUUCACGACAAUCCAUUGCGACUGACGACAGGCUCUCCAUUGCGCAUGUGCGCGCUGGUUGUUGUCAACGGUGGUUAUGGAGAUGGGAUGGGAGCGCAAGCUGUCAACAUUGCGGUGAUGUUCGUGUGUCCAUUAGAGGGAUGCCCAGGAAGAUAGGAUUCAUUGUGGUCAACUCUUCAAGUCAUGAGGAUAACUUCAAUGCAAAGGAGCUCAUGGUCCAUGCACCCACAGUCAAUGGCUGGAGAUCCAGCAGGCUGUGCUCCUACCCUCAGUACGUCACCCUCCAGCUGGUGGAGAGAAGUAGGGUGAGGAAGCUGCAGCUGCUGGCUCAUCAGUACCUGAUCCCAGCCAAGGUGGAAUUUCACAUUGGAGACACCCUCCCUGAAACCACCACCUCUGGGUUCCCUGGGCAGCUUCGCCGACUCGGGUAUGUGUCUUUGUCGGACAAUGAGAAGACAGGCUUCAAAGCUCGGGAGUUGAAGUCGGUCCAUGUGGACGCCAUCGGAACGUACCUGAGAAUAACCUUCCAUAAGAACCAUGCCAACCGUUACAAUCCCCACAGUCAGGUUGCUUUGGUUGCCAUCAAUGUUCUGGGAGAUUCUUUGGAUGGCAAUGCUUUUAACACAAUUACUGAGCUUUACCGGGAUUCAAAGUGGACUCUUUUUACAGAGAUGGGUUUUUCUGUGAACUUUGAGAUGCGCUGUUACUCUGGGUAAUAUAUAGAACACAUUGUCCAGUUGGGGGCUAUUUCUUCAAUGU